AUGGGUCGAAAGAAGAAAACCAAAAUAUGUGACAAAGUGUCACAUGGGGAAGCAGAUAGGAUAAGCCAAUUACCGGAACAUUUGAUAUGUGAAAUACUUUAUCAUCUUCCUACCAAGGAUGCUGUUAGAACCAGUGUUUUGUCUACCCAAUGGAGAUAUCUUUGGCUGUCGGUUCCUGGAUUAGACUUAGAGCCAUUCUCAAGUUCCAAUAUCCCUUAUAGUCUUGUUGAGAGGUUUUUUGAUUUCCACAGGGAGUCGUGUAUACGCAAAUUCCGGGUCAAUUUCGUUCGUAAUAUUGGCAUGGAUUAUUGUCCCACCCAAUGGAUUGAUGUUGUGAUUAAGAGUAGGAUUCAGCAUCUUGAUGUUUGUUGUUUGCAGUUUAUUGAUCAGAUACCCUCGAGCAUAUAUACUUGUGAGACACUAGUACACUUACGACUCUAUUGGGCUUUCUUGCCAAAUGCCGAGUUUGUUUGCUUACCUUGCCAAUGAGGCCACGUUGGAGAAACUUAUCUCAGGCUCUCUAGCUCUGGAGGAUUUAACCAUCAUCAAAACGUCAAGGGAGAGUAUAGAUAAGGUACAAGUGCGCUCUCAUACACUAAAGAGAAUCCAUAUCGAUUGCUCCACGCAAGUUGUGAUUGAUGCACCUCUACUCCAGUGUCUGAAGACUAAGGUUUACUUGACAAAGAACUUUGAGAUCCUCAAUUCUGGUUUCUCUGGUAAACUAGAUAUUGAUUCCGUAAAGGAAUAUAGAGAAAGCAUGAUUUGCAAUAUCCUCACCGAUGUCACCGAUACUUGGAGGG